GGCAAAUACUCGGUAAAAAAAAAAAGGAUAACGUAGCAUCAAGUAAAAAUCGGUGCGGUGAGAGAAAAAAAGCGUCCUGCUCGACGACGGAUUUAAUCAGGGAGGCUAGAGUGUAAUCAUUGGUCUUUUGUCCCGGACAGUUUUCUCUUCAUUUAUCGUAUACAUAAUCGUCAAACUGUGGCCUCAACCGCAAAACAUGAGUACGAAAAAGCAUAAAAGGCACAAACGUGAACGUCAAGAAGGAAUAUUGACUACGUUUUCACCACGGACAAACUGAGAGUGAGGUUGGAGUAGAAGUUGAGUGGCGGAUGCGAGAAAAAAUAAAUAGGGAGAGAGCAAGCGAGCGAAAGAGAGAAAGAGAGAGAGAGAGAGAGAGAGAGAAAGAGAGAAAGCAAAAGAGAGAAAAAGAGAGUGAUAGAGAAUCUCCCUCGUCUCAAAAGGUGUACGACUCUGGAUAGUUGAAUUGUUCGACGGGUGAAAAACCUCCGGGGUUAAAGUUGAUACUGAAAGUCGGUGGAAGUAGCGGGACGCCGGAGUACGGUGGUGAAUCCCCGAGCCAAACAGCCAUGUUGUCACAGCAAUAUCAACAACAGCUCGGUUGUAAUUAUUCCGUCACGCCAGGAGAAUCCGAGUACGACAGGUACAUGGGACAUAAAAAGUUGAAGAAGAAAAAAAAGAAGAAGGACAAGAGGCACAAGCAUCAUCACAAGGAUAAAAAGAGAAGGAGGGAGGAAUCGAGCCAAGAAUCUGUGGGAGAUGCGGACGAAUGUAAUCUCGAAAUACCGAAAAAAAUAGUGACUCAACAACUGAUACCACUUGGACCACCUUCUUCGAUGGACCAGCAGCAACAGCAGCAACAGCAACAACAACAACAACAACAACAACAACAACAACAACAGCUAUUGCAUCAAGGUCAGCAGCAGCAACAGCAACAACAACAACAACAACAACAUCAACCGAGAGUCGGUGUAGCAUCGGCUUCGAGUGGGAGCUCGUUGUCGCCUCAUCGCGAGCCACGAACUUGUGUUCUUCGGAAAAUAGCCGAACGCACACCACUUCAACGUCUUCUCGAGCAUCUUCUCCGUUCCAUGGAAAAACGCGAUCCCCAGCAAUUUUUUGCGUGGCCCGUCACCGACAACAUAGCCCCCGGUUAUUCUUCUAUAAUCACAAACCCUAUGGACUUUAGCACGAUAAAACAAAAAAUCGAUGAAAACGUCUAUCGAAAUUUGCACGAAUUCGUCGAAGAUUUCCGUCUCAUGUGUAACAAUGCACAAACAUACAAUCACCAAGACACGAUUUACUAUAAAGCGGCGAAAAAGCUUCUUCACGUUGGUCUCAAAAUGGUUACGCCUGAAAAACUCCGACAGCUCAGGCCAGUUUUAACUUACAUGCACGAUAUUUCCAGAGAGGAACUCGGUUUUGAGCUCGGUGUCGAAGACCCCGAUAAUCCAGAUGUACUCGUUACGGAAGAGCAAAUAGAAAAGGAACGAGAACAAGAAGAACGAAAUGAAGAAGCCGAAGAAUUGAGGAAAGAAAAUCAAAGGAAAAUGAGACUGGCCAGUUUGGGCAAAUUCGAGGCUGUUCCGGACGAUCUCACCCCGGAAGAGAUUCUCAAACAGGCGAGAGGCGCUGCUAAAGCUGCCUCCGAAAAAUUGAGCCUGAAGAGGCUCAAUACCAAAAUGGGAUUUUUGAGGCAAAAAAAAGAUGGCACUACGAGCUUACAGAUAAUCGUACCUGGCGAUGGUGUGAUUCCUGGUACGAACCAAAGACCUGUUUCCCUCGGACAACUUAUCGGCAAACUGAGCCACGGUACCGGUGCUUUAGCCGGCUUCCGGGAGGAUCGCCGCAAUAUGUCCAAACCUGUGAAGCCUCUUUAUUAUGGCGCUUUCGGCUCUUACGCGCCCAGCUACGACUCCACGUUCGCCAAUUUAACUAAAGAAGAAUCUGACCUCGUUUACGCGACCUACGGCGACGAAACUGCCGUACAAUACGCCGAAUCCAUCCUCGAUUUCGCCAAAGACUGCGACUACACUCUCACAAUGGUCGAUGAUCUUUUGGAUAUUCUCACCAGCGGUGAUCAUAGAAAAACUAAAAAAUUACUCGAGGAAAAGAGACGACUCAAAGAGGAGGAAGAUAAAAUUAAGCAUCUCCUCGAAAAACCUUCCGUAGAAAGCAAUAAAAACUUUACCGAGGAACGAAUCAAAGUUGAUAUGGAUCAACUCAAAACACUUUCCGAUAUUGGCAUUAAUGUCAACUUCUUGGAGGAUUUAGAAGAAGAAAUGAAGCUGACGGAUGAACGUGCGGUGCUUCAGAGUCGUUUGGACGAUACAUCGCAAAUGUUAGUUCGUCUGAGACAAGCGCAGCACGAGCGUCUUUCAGCGCCACCGCCGACGCAUCUGUCGAACGUCCCUAAACCCGGUGAAACCGAAACUAAUCUUGCGGAAAAAAUAACCGACAGUUUAACGGAUAUCGCGAAAAAACUUCCACCCUCGGCAAUCGCUCCGGUGGACGGUUUACGUCGCGCCAUGGGAAUAGCUCCGGUCAGCAACCUUCCGGAGCCAAUGGAAGUAGAAACGAUAACGCACGAUCCCGCGCUCGUCGCCGAGAACACACUGAUCGCUCAAACCACCGGAAACCCGAUGUCGACGAAUUUACUUCGUUCUUCGUCUCCACUCGCAACCGACAUAUUGAGCCCUGUGAGACAAACAUCUGGAAAUAUUUCUACUUUGAUGCCCAACUCGUCACAAACGAAUUCUAUACAAAUUCCAAUUGGUCUUGCGCAUAAUACAAACAGCGCUACGCUUUUAAACAGUACCGAAAACACGGGAGUUCCUGAUCUUGAAUCCGAACUUCGAGAAUUUCUCGAAAGCGAUCCAACUCUCGGACAUUCGCCACUUCACGACGACAAAACACUCGAAGAUAUACUGUCCGAAUCGUAAAAUUAUGUUUUUACUGGUUCAUCCCUAUAAAUAUUAUUCAUAUUAUUAAGGAUUAUUGUAGAAUAGAUGUUUGAGUACCUUGGAGAAAAUGAUAAAUGCUCACAUUUUUGAACGGAUCUCGUACCGUUCCCCGUGUAUACUAGGAUACUAAAACAAUUUUAAAAUAUUCAAAUAUAUACAUCUUUUUUUACAUGUA